GAGUUAUUCAUUCGACUUCUACCAGUUCAUGUGUUCAUGUUGACUUCUGCACGACUCGAGAUGAAAGCUGUGUAUUUUCUCAUCUUGAUUUUAGGACUUGCUGCUGCAAAACCCUACGAAUUUCAGGAUGACAAUGAAUAUGACGAUUUGCCUGAGUUAGAUGAAGAGAGUUGGGAUGAUGCCCCAUCAGCAAGUCCAUCGCCAUCAGCAGGGCACUCUUCAUCAGAAGGGCCUUCGCCAUCGGCAAGUCCAUCGCCAUCAGGAAGCCCAUCGCCAUCUGGAAGCCCAUCGCCAUCAGGAAAACCAUCGCCUUCAGGGCACUCUUCAUCAGAAGGGCCUUCGCCAUCGGCAAGUCCAUCGCCAUCAGGAAGCCCAUCGCCAUCUGGAAGCCCAUCGCCAUCAGGAAAACCAUCGCCUUCUGGAAGCCCAUCGCCUUCUGGAAGCCCAUCGCCAUCAGGAAGACCAUCGCCAUCAGGAAAACCAUCGCCUUCUGGAAGACCAUCGCCUUCUGGAAGCCCAUCGCCUUCUGGAAGCCCAUCGCCAUCAGGAAAACCAUCGCCUUCAGGAAAACCAUCGCCUUCUGGAAAACCAUCGCCUUCUGGAAGACCAUCGCCAUCAGGAAGCCCAUCGCCAUCUGACAAACCAACAGACGAGGGACCAAGACCUACUGGGAGACCAACCGGAAGCCCCACUGACAAACCAGUGAAGGACUUCUGGGCAAAAUUCGCGCAUUUCUUAUUUGUCAAGUCUGUUCAGGGAGUUAAACCAGAUGAACAUCCAGACCUCAAAUACAAGGAGCCACUGAAUGAACUUGUUGAGCGGCUUUUGGAUGUCAAAAAAGAGGUUGUUAAAGCAUUAAAACCAAUUGUGGAAAUUGCAAAGUUAAUGAGACAGGACCAAGAAGAAAUGGGAAAGAGAGUCUACGAAGCCACUAAAAACAACGAUAUUGAAAAAGCAAAGCACAUCGCUGGAGAGUACUUCAUCGCAAUUCAACGUCGUUUUGCCAUGUUCAUCGUUCAUGCUACGAAAAAAGGUUUAUUCAACGAUAUUGACAACGAAAAGAAACAAAUCGAGAACUUGAAGAGGGAAUACAAGAAACAUGCCGACAAACAUGUAGAGGUGGUCAAAUUCAUUCUGAAAAACUUCAACCAAUUCCGUGUUAGUGACGGUCUUUUGGAUGCACCAUUCGUUAAAUUGGGUGUUCAGACUGCUCAAGUGUUCGGGGCAGCCGGUAUGCAAGGAGCUAAAGUCUUCAAAGUUUCAACGCAAGUUUACAUGGACCUCAUUUCUAAACUGGUUUGGCUGAGUAURGAGAAGAAUAAUCACGACGCAGCCGUUCGCGCAGCUGGUGCCAGUCUCCUCUCGUUCACUCGCCGAGGAACAAAGGUUGGUAUCGCCCUCCACAGAAUGUAYGGACCUAAGAAAUGUUAUGGACCAMRACCAAAGAAGGGACGUAAAAACAUGCGCAAAGACGACGAAGACGAUCUUGACUAUUGAUAAGGUCUAUGUUUUUAAGGUAAAACUACUGAUUCGGCUGACAUGAUUCACAAUACUCAAGUAACUUAAAAUACAAUUGUCCCAAAACAUAGAUGUACACUCUGUACGAAAUGGCUAUUGAAACAGUUUUUACACUUUGAGUUCCCAGGUCAAUUUGGUAACAGUGUAAAAUAGCAAUGAAAUUAUCCAAUAAAAGCAUUUGAAAAC